GAUGACGCUCUGCGUGUCGCUAGUCGCGCGACCCACGCAGAGUCCGUCGGGCUUGUGCCUCCUCCUUGGCCAGUGCGCUCGGGGCUGUUCCGAGUGGGGGCGGGCGGGGCGAAGGCUUCCUCCUCCUCCUCCUCCCUCUCCUUCUUCUCUCCCUCCUCCUCCUCCCUCUCCUCCUCCUCCUCUCCUUCUGCCUCCUCCUCCCCCUCCUCCCCCGGUUCCCUCUCCGAGGGCCCGGCCCCUUCCCCCCGGCGGAGCGGGGCCGUGCGGCGGCGCCUCCUUCUCCUCCCGGCCGUGCCGGACAAUAGGGGCGAGCGCGGCGUGUGUCUCACCCAAAGCGGCCCCCCCAGGCCGGCCUCGCCUCCAUGCGCGGCGCCGGGCAGCGGGGCUGACAGCGGCUCCCGCCGGCGGCAGCGAGGCCGAGGGAGCGGCGGCGGCUCCGGGCGGGGACUCGCCGCCUCGGGCGCUGACAGAAGCGUCCCGCUUCGCCGCCUCCCCUUCGCUCCCGGCGGCGGUUCCCGCUAGGCUUUGGCGGCGGCGGACAAAGGCCCGGGGCCCGGCGCGGCCCGGCCCGACCCCCUGGGGGGUGCGGGGGCGGUGAGGAGGCGCCGGGCCCCCGCGGGGUUUUGCCGCGGGCUUCCCCCCGCCGCCCCGCUGCGGCGAGCCCUGCGCGGGCAGGUGCGGCGGCGGGCGAGGCCGCUGCCCUGCGGCGGGUCGGCGCACGGAGGCUUCUUCAAUGGAAGUAUGUUACCAGCUGCCGGUGCUGCCGCUGGACAGGCCGGUGCCGCAGCACGUCCUCAGCCGCAGAGGGGCCAUCAGCUUCAGCUCCAGCUCCGCGCUCUUCGGCUGCCCCAACCCCCGGCAGCUUUCGCAGAGACGUGGAGCAAUUUCCUAUGACAGCUCUGAUCAGACUGCGUUGUACAUUCGUAUGCUAGGCUCUUGUGUAAUAUUCAAACAGCUGAGCACAAGAGAUGUGCGAGUAAGAAGUCGGGCAGGAUUUGAAACAGAGAGAAGAGGUUCUCAUCCAUACAUUGAUUUCCGUAUUUUUCACUCAAAUUCUGAAAUCGAGGUCUCUGUGUCUGCAAGAAAUGUGAGACGGUUGCUUAGUUUCCAGCGAUACCUGAGAUCUUCCCGUUUUUUCCGUGGUAUCACUGUUCCAAAUUCUUCAAACAUUUUAGAUGAUGAUUAUAAUGGACAAGCAAAGUGUAUGCUGGAGAAGGUUGGAAAUUGGAAUUUUGAUAUUUUUCUUUUUGAUAGACUGACAAAUGGAAACAGUCUAGUCAGCUUAACCUUUCAUCUGUUUAAUCUUCAUGGACUAAUUGAACACUUCCAGUUAGAUACGAUGAAACUUCGUAGAUUUUUGGUUAUGGUUCAAGAAGAUUAUCACAGUCAAAACCCUUAUCAUAAUGCAGUUCAUGCUGCUGAUGUGACUCAGGCCAUGCACUGUUACUUAAAAGAGCCCAAGCUUUCCAAAUCUUUAACUCCAUGGGAUGUCCUGCUCAGUUUAAUAGCAGCUGCCACACAUGAUUUAGAUCACCCAGGUGUUAACCAACCUUUCCUAAUUAAAACAAACCAUUACUUAGCAACUUUAUAUAAGAAUACCUCAGUAUUAGAGAACCAUCACUGGAGAUCAGCAGUGGGGUUGCUGAGAGAGUCUGGCUUAUUUGCACACAUGUCAUUAGAAAACAGGCAGCUGAUGGAAAGCCAGAUAGGUGAUCUCAUUCUUGCCACAGACAUCAGUCAGCAAAAUGAGUAUCUGUCCAUGUUUCGAUCUCAUUUGGAUAGAGGAGACCUAUGUUUAGAGAAUGCGAACCAUCGUCACUUCAUUUUACAGAUGGCUUUGAAGUGUGCUGAUAUUUGUAAUCCAUGUCGGACGUGGGAGCUGAGUAAGCAGUGGAGUGAAAAAGUAACAGAGGAGUUCUUCCAUCAAGGAGAUAUUGAAAAAAAGUAUCACUUGGGUGUGAGUCCACUUUGUGACCGACAGACGGAAACUAUUGCCAACAUCCAGAUUGGUUUUAUGACCUACUUAGUGGAGCCACUGUUUGGGGAAUGGGCCCGGUUUUCGAACACCAGGCUGUCGCAGACGAUGCUUGGCCACCUGGGACUGAACAAGGCUAGCUGGAAGGGCGUGCAGAGGGAACAGUCUGGCAGCGGUGAUGAUGUUGACCCUGCUUUUGAGGAAAUGGACUCAGACAUAUUACCUCAGGAACCUCGAUUGUCCUGACCUCAAUCUUCAUGACAAAACUGCCUCUUCUCUUGGUAUCUGCACGGUUGGAUUAAAGGAGAUACUUGCCAGCCCAAGGUUUUGGUAAAAUGGUAAAAUGAUGCCAGCAUUAUUUAUUUCCAAGUUUUCCUUUGACACAGACCAUUUGAACCAGAAUUUUUUUAAACCGCAAGAUCUGAACAUAGAGCAAUAUGCAUACGCCUCAGCUGGUUUUUGUUCGGAACCUUGAAUAUGCAAAGCACAGCAGUGACUGAGCCUUGAAGGAACAGUACGAAAGCUUCAUUGUGCCACACAGUUUUGGGGGUUUUUUUUGGUGAAAUUUGGAAUACGGUCUUCAAAUCUUAAGACUCGAGAUGGAUCGUUCCACUUUCUUGGAAUUUAGCAAGACUUGCGUAAACGUGUUCAAAGCAUACCUUCCACUCAGUCCCUGUUUUAAUACGGAAAUGUGAAGUGCCCAUCCUCUGCUGCCUCUGGCAAGACUUGAUGUUUACAAAUGUACUCUGAAACUAUUGGUUCUAGACUUAACCUUUGCGCAUGGCUGUGAAGGAACCACUAACUUGGGUUUGGGGUUUUUUUGCCUUUUUUUUUUUUUUUUUAAAGAAAAAGAUCAAAUCUUAGACUGCAUCUCUUGUUUCUUUGGAUGCCAGAAAAGCCUCCCGUUUGCCAUAAUUUUGUUUGUGCACUGGGAACUGAGCAUUCAUCAUAGAGCACAGCCAAGCUUUACUCCAGUGCUGUAUGGGAAUGCAAAAUUUUUAAUGGUGGAAAACACUUCUGAAUUUGGGAAGGGAAGGGGAUGGGGGGGGGGGAUGGGGGAGGGAGGGAAGCGUCCAAACUGCAUUGCGAUUCUGCAGUGGGAACAUUGCAUGUUGUUCUCACUAUUGUACACUUGAACUGCACAUGCAAGAAAAAGGUGGAAUGUCUAAACACCAUAAUCAGCUCAGGGUAUUUGCCAAUCUGAAAUAAAGUGGGAUGGGAAGCGUGUCCUUCAGAACAAGGGUACAAAUGCCCCUUUCGCUGCAGCGUGCGUGUAUGUGUGGGUGUGUGAGGAUGUUU